CCGCCCUGUGCCUGAGGGCGGGGACGAUGUUCUCAGCCGCCAUCUUGUGUGUGGCAUCCCCGCCCUUUCCUUAGGGGCUCCUCCUCCGUCCUUCGCUUUGCAGUCAUCCCUUACCGGCCCGUUCCCUAAGGCCGGUCGUGAUAACCGAGAAAACCGUGGCGUAGUCGCCUUCUGGCGGCGGGCGGGGUGUCGCCACGCCACGCUCAAGAUGGCGGCGGGCGGCGCCCCGCCGUGGCGGGCGGGGCGCACGCGGGUGACGUUAGCGCUCCGGGCAUGGGCAGGUGCAGGAGGUGGCGGUGGCCGGAGUUGGGCCGGCGGUAGCGGCGGGAGAGGAGGAGGAGGCGGAGGAGGAGGGGGCUCGGACUCGGCCGUGGUUCGGGGACAGCCGGGACACCGCAGCGCCUCCUCUCCGCUCCCUCGCCCCUCGGGGACGCUCCCCCUCGCGGCGCGGAGGGCGGCGGGCGCGGCGCGGCCAUGGCCGAGGAGCCCAGCGCGCUGCCCUGGUCCAUCAACAAGGAUGACUACGAGCUGCAGGAGGUCAUCGGGAGUGGAGCGACUGCGGUGGUCCAGGCAGCCUUCUGCGCUCCGAAGAAGGAGAAGGUGGCGAUUAAACGGAUCAAUCUUGAGAAGUGUCAGACGAGCAUGGAUGAACUCCUGAAAGAAAUUCAAGCCAUGAGUCAGUGCCAUCACCCCAACAUUGUAUCUUACUACACAUCGUUUGUGGUGAAAGAUGAGCUUUGGCUGGUGAUGAAGUUACUUAGUGGAGGCUCUGUUUUGGAUAUUAUCAAGCACAUUGUGGCCAAAGGAGAACACAAGACUGGUGUCCUGGAUGAAGCCUGUAUAGCCACAAUCCUUAAGGAGGUGCUGGAGGGACUGGACUACCUGCAUAAAAACGGGCAAAUCCACAGGGAUGUGAAAGCAGGAAAUAUUCUUCUUGGAGAAGAUGGCUCAGUGCAAAUUGCAGACUUUGGUGUUAGUGCGUUCCUGGCCACUGGUGGUGACAUUACCAGGAAUAAAGUCAGGAAAACCUUUGUGGGCACACCUUGCUGGAUGGCACCAGAAGUUAUGGAACAGGUCAGAGGAUAUGAUUUCAAGGCAGACAUUUGGAGCUUUGGGAUCACUGCUAUUGAACUGGCCACAGGAGCAGCUCCUUACCAUAAAUACCCGCCGAUGAAGGUUCUAAUGCUGACACUACAAAAUGAUCCUCCAUCUUUGGAAACUGGUGUGCAAGAUAAGGAGAUGCUGAAGAAAUAUGGGAAAUCAUUUAGGAAGAUGAUUUCAUCGUGCCUACAAAAAGACCCUGAAAAAAGACCAACAGCAGCAGAACUCCUAAGACACAAAUUUUUCACAAAAGCAAAGAAUAAAGAGUUUUUACAAGAGAAGAUGUUGCAGAGAGCACCAACAAUAACUGAAAGAUCCAAAAAGGUCCGGAGAGUCCCAGGCUCCAGUGGGCGUCUUCAUAAGACUGAAGAUGGUGGCUGGGAAUGGAGUGAUGAUGAGCUUGAUGAAGAAAGUGAGGAAGGCAGAGCAGCAAUUUCACAGCUCAGGUCUCCCAGAGUGAAAGAACCUGUACAGAAUUCCGAGCUGUUUCCAUCAGCUGAGCCUCAAGGUCCUUCACUCAAUGCUCCAGCACAGGCACCUACUGAACUACCUCAGGCUGCAGGACAAGCACCUGCACAACCUCCAACUGCUGUACCUCCACCCAGCCAGGCUCCUCCAGCAGCCCCAGCAGCAGCAGCAGCCCCAGCAGCAGCCCCAGCAGCAGCCCAGGCCCCACCUGCAGCCCCUGCUGCAGCUCCGGUACAGGAAGAUGUGAGAGUCCCCAUCAACCUUGUAUUAAGGUUAAGGAAUUCAAAUAAAGAGCUCCAUGAUAUUCGGUUUGAAUUCACCCCAGGGAAAGAUACUGCAGAUGGUGUGUCUCAGGAGCUCAUUUCAGCAGGUCUUGUUGAUGGCAGAGAUCUGGUAAUAGUUGCAGCUAAUUUGCAGAAAAUUGUGGAAGAGCCUCAGGCAAACAGAUCCAUCACUUUCAGACUGGCAUCUGGUGUUGACGGCUCAGAAAUUCCGGAUGAUGGCAAACUUAUAGGAUUUGCACAGCUCAGCAUCAGCUAAACAUUGGUCCCAGGAGAUGUUUCCCAACAGAGAACCCACAUGUGCAUAUUCGUAAUGCUUCUGUUAGCCUAAAAAAAACCACUACUGCCAAAGAAUUGAACUACAGCCCCCUUCCUAGAAGCUUUAACAUUUUCCUUAAUAGGAUCACAAACCUUCCUGAAAUUACCGAUGACGUUUACACCUUUUGUAAACAACUCUCAUGUUUUUGUAUCUGUCAUCUCAAACAUGCAGACCCAACACGUCAUUGCCUGCAUGUUCAUUUUAUUAUUGCCUUACUUUAAAGAAAAAUACUACUGAGUACGAAGCAGGGGGUUCCACUGCUCUGAUGAUCUUGCCUAAGUGUUUGCUUACAUGUGGUUUCAUUCUUUUUCACUUGCUGUUUUUGCACAAGUUUUAAUACUGAACGGAUUUUUUUUUUUUUUGUUCUUUACCUGCUUCUCCUUCUAUCUGAAACACCAAUGUACAUGUUGUUUGGGUCACCUGGAGUGCUGAGAAAUCUGCUUCUCUUUGGCUGUGUGUUUUAAAACUGCUGGUUUGAAUGGUUGCACCUGAGAAAGCAAGCAGAGUCUUAACCCACAGGAGGGAGAACUUCCUUCCCUUGUGUUUGUUUUGGAGAAGUUCCUUGACUUUGAGGUGUUAGAAGUCAGCUUCCCUAUGUAAACUGCCUUAAUUUUUUUCUUUUUUCUUUAUCAUUUUGGUUCUCUCCACAUGAGUGCCAGGCAUGGCAUGAGGGCUGAACCUUUUAAUUUACAUUCAGCAGUCCUUCCUGCUGCUUUCAUUCUGCAUUUUAGAUGUAGUCUGUUCUUGAAGCAGACCAGGGAGGCAUUGCUGCCUGGAAACUGGUCUUUCAGAUGGUGAACACAAUAUCCAUGGUCACAGGGAGAGGAGAUCUAUAUCACUCUGCCUUUGGAACAGAUGCACUUCCAAGUGUCCCUGAAACCCAGUUUGGUCAUGCCUGGCUGGCCUCCCAACGUGUUCCCCAGUCCUUUGCAAGCUGGUACCCGUGGAACCAUCCCUGUCGUGUUUUACAGCAAUAAAGAAUCACCAGUAGAGUGGCUGUACUGGGCAAAAGCGGGCGCUGGGUUUGUCCCUCCUGCACUCAAUCCCUUGGGUCGUCGGGCUGCGCGUCAGCCCAAGCCUCGACGUUUGAUCAGGAUGUCACUGCACCCCUGUCACACAAUGUAUUUAGCUUUUCUUUCCAUGUGGUGUUGAAGUUGAGUUUCUACAUGAAUAAUAUAAAUUAUGCUCUGAGUUUGAUAAGAGACACUUGUAAUGCAAUAUGUGAAUAAUAAAUGGUGUUGACUCUUUUUUUUUUUCCUACUGUUUCACAGUUGGCCUUUGUAACUGCUCUUGGCUCUGGAGUGUUUUCUACACAGAAGUUGUAAGUCUGUAAUUUAACAUGCAGAUGGAAAUGAGCUUUGUUUCCAUCAGACACAAACAAUGCAGAAACAGAGCGGAAUGACUAGGUUCAAUUAGGACUUUUGUUCUGUUUCCUUUUUUUUUUUUUUUUUCAUUUCCAAGUCUUCAGAUGAACAAUCUGUAUUUAUAUCUUGUUCUCUAUGAGCAGCUGUGGAAGCUUCCUGAAUUGUGCAUGUUCUUUUUUUACUGCCCCUGUUGCUUGUAGCCUCUGGGUGGAUAUUGGGUGUGUCCCCAUGGGCUGUUUGUAGCCCUAUGGCUGGUGAGUGUGAAGGGGAGGGAGAGGAAGAUGAGAACUGGGGAGUGAGAUCAUCCUGGGGUGCUGAGCUGAUGCUCUCUAGAGCCCAGGAAGCAAGUGCCCGAUAGCAGGGAGUUGGUGGUGGCUGGGUUGGCAAGUGUGUGUUGUCACCAUUCCCUGUUGCCUGGCACAAAGCACUCCCUACAGUGUCCCCCAUUGAGCUUGUUGGCUUGGGAGGAGCAGGCUGGCACCUUGAUAUUCCCAUCACCCUGUGCUCAGUGUGGAUGUGUUGGGAGCCUUUAGAAUACAGAGACAAGGUAGUUGUGGUACAGUAUUAUUUUCCCUCUGCCUGCAUGCCCUGGGGACCUCCUCAUUCGUUUGUGUACUGGUGCUGAGGAAGGUUAGGACUCAAACUGCUCAAAUGGAACAAUGCAGCAUCUAUUUAUUGUUAUUCCCCAUUUUCCCAAAGCCAGGACUUAGAGAGCUUGAGCUCACACUAACCCAAGGUUCCAUAGUUCUUUAAUGGAGAAAAUAAGUGAGGAAGAAGCUGAUGGGUUUUGCUCUAUGGAUCUCCAGAUCUUUUGGGUAGGGAUCCAGAAUAUUUACUUGGGCUAUUACAAUGCUAGACAACUGUCUUUUCUGAUGUUGUUCCAGUAAGUGCCAAUGCUGUUCAUAAUUGUUUUCCAGUGUCAUUAAGAAUUUGGUUUUUGUGCAAAUUUCUGAUCUGAACCUGGAAGCAGGUGGAAAUUUUAAGUUAGUUCUUACUUUUAAGGACAAUGCUCUGUUAAUGAAAAUGGAUCCUCUUCACAACUUUGGUGUAUUGUAGAUUAUAAUGAAAGAUGUAAAAUAGUCAGGCUUUUUUCCUUUUUUGGACUUUGUAUUUUACUGCAUGUGUCUAAUUUUUAAUCAAUAAAGAACAAAUUGUCCAUUG